UCUUGGUUAAAACAAUAUUUACGAAAGGAAAAAAUAAAAAUUUUAUGUUACGCAAGAGGUUAUGAAAAUCGGCAACGAUAAAAAAAUUCUUAUAAAAUAAUGCAGAAGAAAAUGUGCUGAAGAUCCUGCACUGUAUUUUUAAGUCACUAAGAGUUUUUAUAAAGAAAUUAUUGAAUACAAAAAUGGAAAAAAAAAUUGUAAAAGAUAUUGGGAAGAGGAAGUUUCUUAGAUCAAGCAAAAACAAACUUUUUAUCAUAAAUGAGGCUAAACCAGCUAUUACAUGUCUUCAACUCCCUACUGGAAUGGAUGUUCUUCAACACAUUGUCUACAGAAGAUCACUACUUCCUCAUAAUGUUAAGAAGUCAGCAAUUUUAUCAUGCCCUCCUUACAAGAUUCAGGGUUACAAGAGAUGUGAAGUAGAUGAUUGUGAAUGCAUUUUAGGCUUAAUUAAAAGACCAUGGCUUAAAGCGAGAUUUCAAGUAAUGUCAGAUAAAAGUAUUAUCAAGAACCUUAUGAAGAUGGACAAGAAGUAUUCAGAUUUGAGUAGAAAUAAAUGCAGAGGAACAGCUAGAGACAAGGUUAAUCAAGGGGAGUUUAUUUCAUUUUUGAAAAAGCUGUUUUAGAUUGGUUCUACAGAUUUAAAGAACCAAAUUAGGAAGGAUAAAAAACGCUCAGAUAAGCACGAUGAUUUAACUUUUUUGGAAGACCAGGAAGGACCGAGAUAUUUUAGUUUGGGAUCAGAAGAUAGAAAAUUUAGCGAAAAAGGUUUUGUGUUGUUUUUAUUGGGUUAAUUUGACGUUUAUUAUUCAAAUUUGCUAAUUUAACAUACAUUAUUUGUUAAUACACAUACACUAUGUUAAAACAAAUUUUAGGUUUCUGAAGGUGAGAGGAAGAGGACAAGGCUAGAAGACGAAUCUCCGAAGAUUGAUGCUACCUCAGAAUUAGACUUAAAUUUCACUGACACUAGCGCUGAUUCUGAUUCAGAAUUUGAACCCGAAGUUUGGCAUCAUAGAAGAGCAGAUGAUUGCAACAUUACUGCUAAAGUCCCUAAGAAUAUUUUUGAUGGAAAUGUAUCUAUCAUAGCUACAGCAAAUGAUAUCUCCCCCAAUGUCUUACAAAAAGUAACUGGAGCAAUUCUUCAAGAUUGUGGAGUUGAUAUCGCAAAAUGCAAAGCCAGUGCUUCAACAGCAUUAAGGAAGAUGAAAAAAACUGCUAAGGAUACUGCAGAAAUUGCUAAAUUAGAUAUAAAGAAGGCCAUGGAAAAAAGCCGUUAUCCCUGUAUAAUUCAUUUUGACGGAAAGACUUUGUUUGAAAUAAAUCAGGGAAAACCGUGGAAGGAACAGUUUUGAAGGAAGCUGCAAGGAAAACUUUAGAUUACUGUGAGACCUAUAUUACUAAAAAAUCCAAUAUGAGGAAUGACCGAAGAGAGUUGGCUGAGCUAACCAUGCAGUAUUUAUCCCCUUCUGCACAUUUCAAAUUAAAGAAAACUGGAGCUGUUCAUCAUGCUAGGUUUUUAGGCAAGAGUUUAUACUACCUUAAACUUCAGCUUUUGUGCAAGCAACUGACAUUUGUGCAAGAAAAUGAUAAUCUACGCAAAGAUUUAAAACUCAUCUGCGAGUUCAUAGUAGGUUUUUACACAAGGUGGUACCUUCAAGCACAUAAAGCAAUUCAAUCUCCUGCGUCUGAUCUUGAUGCAAUCUUUCAGAUGAAAGAGUAUAAGAAAGUUUGCUCCAAUGCGGAGGCAGUAGACGCAGUGUUAGCAUCUCUUUAUAAGCAUACAUGGUAUCUUGAUUCAACGAUUAUUCCCUUGGCUCUUUUGGAUAAAAAUAUUUCUAUGGAUAAAAAAACAGCCAUUGCAGAAGCUUUGCUUUCCUUCCAAAUGCCAGAUCCAGAUUUUUUUAAACAUAGAAGCAAAGAUCGAAUAGACGAGAUUAAUAUCAUAAAUAAUAUGAAGGUACCAACCCUCUCUCUUUUGGUUAAUGAGUUUUCAUAUUUAAUUUUUUCAAUGAUAGGGUUGGAUAAUCAGAGAGUGAGAGACUGGUUGUCACUUCCAACCAAUAUUGGCACACCCAGUCCUCGUUUAAGAAUUUUGAAAACUUUGCCAAAAUGUUAAUUGUUGUCAAUGAUUAUUCUGAACGAGCAAUCGGAAUGAUGCAGAAGUUUGUACAAAGAUUCGAAAAUGAGGAUGACAAGCAGAACAGACUUUUAACUGUCGACAAAGUAAGGUCAACUUUCCACGUUUUUGGUGUGGGAAAAAGUAAUAAUACAAAAAAAAAACAUCAGAAAGCCUGAUGUCACUCUCUAAAUUAAAGAAAAGGAAAUUGUAGGCUUAGGAAAUUGUUAUUCAUUUUAAAAUACUUAUUUCAAUUAAUGCAUAAUUUUUGUCUUGAUAGUAUUUGUAAGGAUUUUAAUUAAAUGGUAAAUUACUUAUUUAGUUCAAAAUAGUUUGUUUUUUUGGUUGAUUUAAGCGGGAAUUUUUACGUCUGUCCAUCUGAAUGAACUUUAAGUAUGAAAAUACAUAAUUUACUGAUUUCAUAACCACUUGCGUAAAUUAAACUUUUCAUUUUUUGAUU